UGGAUAUUUAUGAACAUGUACACGUAGCCUAGGCCAAAAGUCACUUAGAAGCAUCUUCUUAUUUAUUCUUUGAGCUUAUCAUUUAGUUGUAAUGGAUUGCAAUCGCAGGCAUUUAAAGUACGUUGCUCAUCACGCGCACAAGCAUCGCCAUGAUUGAAUCAAAUUUACUGCCACCGGAGCGUAAAUGUUUCAAUUUUAAUUUCUUCGGGCCGCCCACGGAGCUGAAGCCGUUCACCAUGUGGUACCGCAAUACGCCCCGGGAGGCCAUGUACCGCGCCCAGCCGGAUACGCACUUCCGGUUCGACCUGAUAUGCGCCUUCGUCCUCUUCCUCUCGCUGGCCGUCGUCCAGCUGAUUGUAAUCGAAUUGAACCUGGCCCUUCUUGGAUCCCUUCUGGCCAGCUUCGUAUCGCUGGCCCUCUUCCUCUACCUGAGCAACAUGUCCGUGCCGGACGUGCACGCCUCCACCACGGAGCGAAAUGGUCCCGGCCAGGUGGUGGCCAGCAGUCGCUACUUGCGGCUGGCCAUGUUCGUCGUGGUCAACAUCCUCAUUUCGUCCUGCGCGGUGUUCAGUGUGAUAAACUACACUGUGCCUGACGGGGUAAACAAGGAGCCAUCAUCCAAUCAGACCAUCCUGGAGAGCAAUUUUUCGAGUGAGUUCGUGAACUCCACCCUGGAGGAUGUGCAGCUGUGGGAGAUCGACCAUGCCAUACCCAUUGCGCCCGUAUUUCUGUAUUGCUGUGCCAUUAGUUUGGCUGCGAUUUCCGCCUUCCUGCGAUCUGGAUUUAUUCUCAAGCUGAUUGCCAUGCUGGUGGCUGUGAUCGCACAGAUGACAGUCCUUGGGUACAGUGAUCUCUUUGAGAUGUACAACGAUGCCAACAUCACAUACGGCUUGCCACUUGAGAUCAAGGGCUUCCUUUUGCUCCUGGUAAUCAUCUUGGUGCUUCACACUCUGGAUCGCCAGGGUGAAUAUGUGGCUCGCACAGAUUUCCUCUGGAAGGCCAAGUUGAAGGUGGAGCAGGAGGAGGUGGAGACCAUGCGUGGCAUUAACAAGAUUCUGCUGGAGAACAUCCUGCCGGCCCACGUGGCCACCCAUUUUCUGCAUCUGGAACGCUCCACGGAGCUCUACCACGAGAGCUACUCCUGCGUGGCCGUCAUGUUCGCCUCCAUUCCCAACUACAAGGAGUUCUACGAUGAGACGGAUGUCAACAAACAGGGCUUGGAGUGCCUGCGUCUAUUGAAUGAAAUCAUUUGUGAUUUCGAUAAGCUUCUCUUAAAACCAAAGUUCAGUGGAAUCGAAAAGAUUAAGACUAUAGCGAGCACAUAUAUGUGUGCCUCGGGCUUGCGACCCGGCAAGGAGGACGGCGCCACGUCACGUAGCUUUGCGGACGAGAAGCGCACGGAGGAGCACAACGUGGUCAUUUUGGUGGAGUUUGCGAUUGCUUUGAUGUCCAUACUGGACUCGAUUAAUCGCGAGUCCUUCCAACGAUUCCGUCUCCGCAUCGGACUCAAUCACGGUCCGGUGAUUGCCGGCGUGAUUGGUGCCCAGAAGCCGCAGUACGACAUCUGGAGCAACACGGUCAACGUGGCCUCCCGCAUGGACUCAUGUGGCGUAAUGGGACGACUUCAGACGACGGAAAACACGGCCAAGAUUUUGAUGACCGCCGGCUACGAGUGCGAGUGCCGAGGCCUGACUUAUGUGAAGGGCAAGGGCAAUCUAGUCACCUACUUUGUAAAGACACCUUUCGAUGGGAAGUUGUAGAUCACCGAUCGUCACCCAGUUGCUGUUGAUACUAUUUAAUCUAUUUAAUGGAUAUUUAUGAACAUGUACACGUAGCCUAGGCCAAAAGUCACUUAGAAGCAUCUUCUUAUUUAUUCUUUGAGCUUAUCAUUUAGUUGUAAUGGAUUGCAAUCGCAGGCAUUUAAAGUACGUUGCUCAUCACGCGCACAGUUGAGUAUUGUUAGCAACAAUUUGUUUUUAGUUAGUUGGUAGUGUUAAAUUGUUAUUGACUAUUUCGUACGAUUUGUUAGCUAAUCUUAUGCGAAGCCAUCACUUAAACAGCGAAUAUUUAUAUUUAUAUACGAUUCGAAUUAAAUUAUGAUAGACAAUGAAAUGCAAAUUCAACAGCCCCGCCAAAAUCCAAAAACAUAUCUACUAUCUACUAUCUAGUAUCUGCUAGUUUUCGUUCUCAAGAUAUGUUUCCCUCUCCACUGCGAAGAGCAUACACUAAAUAAAUCAGUUCGUUUAAACUAAUCGAUUUGAUCAAACGACACUAGUUAAAUUCUGUAGGGAGAAUCAAUUAAAGCUCUAUAUAUUUUUUUACUCGGAUGUUUUUUACUACUACUAAACUAUUCACUACAUCAUCUUUUGAUAUAUUUAUGUACAUAACUAUGUAAGAGAAAGCCACCAAAGCGCACUACUCUAUAAGAUACAUCUUGUGUACCUAUCGCAUCCCAACAAACCAACCACUCGAUACAAUACCUCCGAUGAAAACUCACCUGCUUAGAUGCGAUACCAUCAACCGAACUCUCAAGAUUCGAAACUGAUUUCGAAGUAUCUGCGCUGGAAUAAAUGAACGAGAUGUUUGUUGGCACACCAAACACGCUGCAGUAGAUUCAUUGAACAAUAUUUGAUAUUAUCGGACAAUUUAAUUGAUUUUGAUUAAAUGAUAAAUAAAGGAAAUCAAUAAAAUAUUAUUAUGUAUUCAAAAA